CCUCCCCUCACUCCCUUAGUCAUGUAGGAGACGCGAGUCUGAGAGCACGCACUUUUUCGCGCUCCUCAUUUUGAAACCUCAAGGUGCUAACCUACUUAGUCACUAACAUUACUUAUGCUACGGUUAAGAGUAGAUUUCGCCAACGGAGUCUUUUGUACUGCAGUUACUCACACGCCAACCGACAGCGACACUCCUUCGCUUCAAAGGAUUUGGAAUUUAACGGAGACGCUUGUGUGACUGUGAUCAAGUGUAACAAGAUUUUGUGUCAGUGUUGUUACCGCACCCAACAACGAACCUUCCGGACAACGGCCUCCUAGUGUUACGCCGCCAGACCGCAGAAGAAGCACACUCAGCCAGGACCACGCCGCCAGCCACCUCGUCAAAAGUGCCAUAUUGUUUAGCGUUGGACUUUACCCAGGACAGACCCCACCUUCCUAGGCCUUGAACCCGGCUUGUAUUUCCACCUCCCGAGGACCUCAACCCGCCCUGUAUUUCCACCUUCGGCCUUGAAUUCGACUUGUACUUCCACCUUCCGAGGACUUGAACUCGGCCUGUAUUUCCACCUUCCGAGGACUUGAACUGGGCCUGUAUUUCCACCUUCCUGGGCCCUGAACUCGGCCUGUAUAUCCACCCACACAAGUCUCCGCGGCCCGACGGCAAGAAAGCACAAGCACACACACACAUCAGCUCCGGCGGCGUGACCUGUAGUGUGUACGUAGCCUCGUGAGGGCCUGACUGGGCUGCGAGUUAAAGGUGUGGUGGCAAGAGAAAGAGAGGGACGAGGAGGAGAGCGCCGCAGGGACAUGUGGUGUGUGCCCGGUAACGGUAGUGAGAAGCGGUGAGCCUGGCAAGUGGUGGUGGCAGUGGUUGGUGGUAACAUCAUGGCUGGCGUGAGCACCAUGUAUGCCCCUCCUUCCUACUCCGACUCCCUAAGAAUGUGGAACUUCGCUGGUGUCUUCAACUACAUGUCGGGCGACAAGGGCGGGACAGAGAAGGGCGUGAGUCCCCAAACCCCUACGGACGAGGCAGCCACACCCGCUACCGCGCCCGUCAGCCCGCCCACGGACGCCCUAACGCCCACCCCAGAUGCUACGAUGGGCGAGGAGGGGGACUUCCUCAACGGCGCUAGCGUGUCCUGCUCGGUGUGUCACAAGAAAUUUGCCAACAUCCAUCGUCUACAGAGACACAUGAUCUCCCACCAAGAGUCUGAUGUCCUGCGAAGGUUCAAGUGUGACGAGUGUGGGAAAGCCUUCAAGUUUAAGCAUCACCUCAAAGAACACAAAAGGAUUCACAGUGGAGAGAAACCCUUCGAGUGUGAGCACUGUGGAAAGAGAUUCUCCCACUCUGGCUCCUAUUCAUCGCACAUGUCCUCCAAAAAGUGCCAGCUUGGACGUGGCCGACCCAAUGGCCUGCUGCCACGUGCAUCACCCCAAUUCUCUGUGCAUGGCACCAAGCGGCCCACCCUCAAUGGUUCAUACCUGCCUAUCCUGCCUAAGGACAAGUCCCCCACACCAUCAGCCGACCUUGGUUAUUCCUCCCCCACACGACCAGGGGACCCCGUCCUCAUGUCUCCACCAAACUCAGCUUCCAGCCUGGGCAGCAGUAGCCUACUGCAGGGAUUCCCACAGGGGCUGCACCAAGGUCUUCAAAGCAAUAUGCAAAGCUUUUCUCCUUACCCUUCACUAAGCCACUUGAUCCUGGCGACACAGUUCAACCCACACCUGCUCUCCCUCACCUCAUCAUUCAGCCAGUCUCUCAAGGCACAGCAGGAGGCACAUGGUGACAAGGACUACAGUGAAGAUGCACCUCAGGAAGACCUGGAUGAUGACGACGGAAAGCUUGUCAUUAAGGAGGAGACACGAGAGGAGGAUGAUGAAGAAAAGGACCACCACCACCCCCACCCCCACCACCACCAUCAUCAUCGCCAGUCCCAUGAUGAAGAGGUGGUGGUCCGGCGAGAGGAGAGGCAGAAACCAUUAGAGGGCAUGGAGAGUGACCGAAUUGGACUGAAUGAGAUUCUGGAAAAUGUGAGCAGCCGUGUCACAAUGGAACAGUUUGAGAGGAGAGUGGCCUCGGUUGCUCAGGGAUCCGGCCUUUCUUCAGUUGCCAUAAGUGACGAUCACUCAUGCAAAUUAUGUGGCAGUGUCUUCCGCAGCCGUGGCGAGGCAUAUUUGCAUGUCUAUUGUCAGUGCCCACGACUACCAGAAGUUGAAGAUGACAAAGAGCGAUAUAAGGGCCAGCUAAUUGAAGGGCUUGCUGUACGGCUGCAUGAACUUGCAAGGAACCGUAGGCCUGCAUACUAUCAGCACCCUAACAUGGCAACACAGUACUUUGAACGGCCCCGCUCUGGAGAUGAGGAUCGGGAUGGGGACUCCAGCCACUUUGUCGAGGGUGAAGAAACCACAAGUGAUGGCAAGAAAGUGCGUGUCCGAUCGCACAUAGGGGAGGAGCAGCUGGCAGUGUUACGAGCUCGCUACACUCUCAACCCAAGGCCCAAGAAGGAGGAGCUGCUGGCUAUUGCUGAAAAGAUCAACUUCCCAGUGAGGGUAGUACAAGUCUGGUUCCAGAAUGCACGUGCUAGGGAUCGCCGUGAGGGCCGCUCCAUCACGCCUACUCCAUCCUUAUACCCACAGACUAGCUACCCACCCCCUGGUUAUUCAGCCCUUGCUGGUGGCUAUCCCUCACCCGGGUACACACCACCCAUCUCCCAGGUCCCAGGCAAGUCCCCCAGCCUCCGCCCCCACUACCCGUCCCUGCUGCCGGGUCCUGGUCUGCUGUACCCGCUACAGUACCCACUCUCCCCUGCACCUGCUGAUGGUGCUGAUGACCAUGCUGAUGAUCAGCCCCUUGACCUGUCCACUAAGAAGUCGUCCCCGUCCGCAUCGCCCAAGCCAGCCUCCGUCUAUUCCGACUCUGAUAUUGACUCCACCUCACUAGCUAUCUCAUACAAGUCAGAGUCCCGCACGCCCACACCCACUCCGACGCCCACUCCUACUGCCCUGAACAAUAAUGUUGCAGACACUAAGGAGACCAGUGGGAGUGCUCUGGCAGUGGCUGGCCUGCCGUCCAUGAUUGAGCACUGCAAACUUGCACAGAUCCUUCACAGGGCCAAGGUGGGGAUGUCACUCUACCCUGACCAUGUGGAAACUGGUGAAAAAAGGCCAAGGGAUGAUGAUAGUGGGGACGAGAGUCGCAAGCGUCGGCGGGAUGAGGAGGGUGGUGUGUUUCAGUGUGACCAGUGUGACAAGUCAUUCAACAAGCAGUCAUCACUAGCACGCCACAAGUAUGAACACUCAGGCCAACGUCCAUUCAGGUGUGAUCUCUGCCCCAAGGCGUUCAAGCAUAAGCACCACCUAACAGAGCACAGCCGCCUUCACACCGGGGAGAAGCCCUACCAGUGCCACAAGUGUCUCAAGCGCUUCUCACACUCGGGCUCCUACUCGCAGCACAUGAACCAUCGCUACUCCUACUGCAAGCCUUACCACCCAGAUGGCCCUGCACCGCCCCCUGCCCUCUCCGAGUCUUCCACGCCUGUUCCCUCGCCCUCUGACAGUGGCAUGGGCGUGGUCACCGCUGGUGGGGGUGGUGGUGAAGCCGGCGUUUCUGUCAUUGUUACUGCUACGGCCACCACUGCUGACACCCUGUCCCCAGCGCAGUCCUCUGCUCAGCCUUCCCUCUCACCUCCAGCAGAGGAGGAGGAGCAUCUGGGCACAAACACCCCUUCUUCCUCCACCUCUUCCUCGUCCUUGUCCUCGUCGUCGCCGCCAGUGCCACCUGCCCCUCAGGAGAGCCUCGACCCUGUGCCCAUCAAGGAGGAGGUGCUGGUGUGAGGGACCAAUGAGGCAACACAAACUGAAAAAAAAAAAAAAGCAAAAAUGUAAACAACAACGAACACUUAAAGGAAGAGUUCCUCUCCACAGACACACAAAAUCAAAAUAUAUUAGACAUAUAUAUAUAUAUAUAUAUACUAAAUAUAUAAAAAUAUAUAUAUAUAUACUUGAACCUAUGUGCAGUGACUAGCAACGAAAAUGCCUAUGAUUAAAAGACUUUGUGAGAAGAUACAAAAAAGUGUUUUGAAAAUAUUGAUUGUAUCUGGUACUUGACAUAUUGUAAAAAAGAAAGGAGCAUGCAUGCUUGGUGUGCAAUAUGUCAGGUGAUAUUCUACGUACAUUGCUAGGUUAACCUGGAACUAUGCAGUGUUUCUUUGUUAUUUAAAAAUGGAAUUAUAUUUACUUUUGAAUAGGAUUAAUGUGAAUUCGCAUGUGCCAAACUUUUAAUCUCCACUUUUGGAAGUUGUUGGGGGUGAGAGCAGUUGUCUCACGCACCCUCCACCCCACACUUCCUCCUGUAUCCUCCCUCCUCUUCUCUUGAUAAUCAUUCAUCAAAACAGCUAUUCUCUCUCUCUCUCUCUCUCUCUCUCUCUCUCUCUCUCUCUCUCUCUCUCUCUCCAGACUAUCAGUAUCUAUAUUGUAGUUCAGUAGUUAUGAUAGAUAGGCAUUGUAACCAAGGCGGGUUUUGGGCCUCAACACCCUGGCCAGUACCUGUCCAAUACUCAUGUUUUGUGCCCAGGUGUGUGCUGUGUAGAGGUGCAGUGUUGCCAAAGGAAGGAUAUUUAUAUUUUCUUGUGAAGGAGAAAACACUCAUGCAACCUUUAUUUAUGUGAUUCUUAAGUUUUGUAAGAGGAAGCCCAUUGUUCUUUCUUUUUUCAGUAGAUUAUGCUUCAUUUUAUAAUUAGGUUUUAGAAUUGUUAUGAUUUCCUAUCUUCUAAUCUUUUGAUUAAAAUGUCUUUCUGCUAUUGCCAUAAGUUUUAGCUAUUUUAUCUAAUAAUGGUGCACUUAGGAAUGCGAUAAAAGAUUCAGAAUGGGCAACACUGCAGUCAAGCAAAAAGACGAGCAGGUAUUCCACUGAUAAAUCCACCGUCUUCCAUAAGCAUACUUGGAAUCAUCACACGAUUCCCAGCAUCUAGUGGAUCCUUUGUGCCUCGUGUCAGCAUCCUUGUUUGUGUGGCAGGCAGCUACUCAGGAUUCCCUGCCCAGAGGAAAACACUUUUUGCAGUCCAUCUGCCAGUAUCUCUCUAAGGGAUAGUGUUAGGGUUUCCUGGUGGCUGCCGGCUUCACAUUGCUAGUCCAAAGUAAUUUCAAUGUGCAAUCUUUCUAUUUUCUAGAUUCCAAGGCAUGCUGUGUCUGUUUUAUUUUCUCUAAAGUUUCUCUGGAAAAAUUGUCAACCCUGGGCUGGUGGCACUUUGUUGGGCAAGUUUGCCACCAGUCACUAAACUAGUCUAGGUAGUAUUUCUGUUUCCUCAGACUUCGCACCAGAUCACCUUGAAGUGUGAGAGCUUGAGAGAACUCAUUUCUUCUCGCUAUUUUCUAUAUUCCCAAAGAAAUGCCAGUUUAACUUGGUUGUAAGCAACGAUUGUGCCAAAACGAUUACUGGAGAUUUCUUAUAGGAUCUUGUUAGGAAUGUGGAUAAAACAUUUAGAAUUUUAUUUUUAUCAAGUAUACAUAUGCAAAUUUAUUUUGUAUAGAGACCGUACUUCACCACAAUAGUGUACCAGAGUGCUUCCAUAUCACCCCCUGAGCCGAGACAUGGCUUCAGACACUGGCGUCCAUGAUAGGUGACUAACUGGCAGCGUCGACCAUUAAGGCUCCCAGUCAAAGUCUUUCACCUCCUCAUCUCUCCUCUUAGACAUCCCUUCUUUUCCUUUCCUCCUCCUCCUCCUCCUCCUCAACCCUCUUAAGAGGCACCCUGGGAAGGCCCUCUGGAGGCCUCAUUGUGUAGUCUUUCACACAACUUGGGGCCUUUUCACGGUGACCCGCUACACAUUAUAUUUCCUCACGCCCUGUCCUAUUCCCCCUCCCCUUUCUGAUCCCCCACCUUCACCACGUUAAUCUUCCCAGCCAAUAGCAUUCCCAAGUAUUGCCCGAUCCCGUUCUGUCUUGUCUCCUGAUUGGUGGCUUCACUUUGGUCUCUGAACUCUAUGGGAACUCUGGAAUUUUGAUUGGCAAAGUGAGCACCAAUGGCAAGGAGGUUUGAAGUCAAUACAUUCCCCUUUGCUGUUUGUUCAUGCAUAAACCCUUUUUUAGGAAGUAAGUACCUAGGAAUUGGAAAUGGUGCUGUGACUGUGGCGGCAGCAGUGGACAAUAGGGCCAUCAGUUAGAACGGUGUCGUGCCUUUUCAUCUCUCUGUGGAAUCUUGCUACAUAUAUAUAUGUAUAUAUAUAUAUAUAUUAUAUAUGUAUAUGUAUGUAUGUAUGUAUAUGUAUAUAUGUACAUGUAUAUAUUAUUGGGCGCAAAGAAUGCGUUUAAAGCUCUUUAGAAGGAUAAAGCGGAAGAUGUUUGCAUUCUCAAUAAGCAUUCCAACGUAGCUGAUAGAGGUGACCUUCAGUGUGUGAUAUAAAGAAAGAUCCCUGAAUGUCCAUGACUGCGCAAAGAAAUUUAUUUUUUGUCCCCUUUGCUCUCUCAACAUUUCCCUCCAAAAUAUGGUAUUCCAUUUUAUUAUUCCGUAGUAGCCUAAUCUAGACCUAGAUUUUUUCCUAUUAAUGUCCGAUCUUGAUCUACCACGGUUCUGGGGCCUGUGCAGUGUGUGCGUCUGGCUGUCUUUCUUCAGGAGUUUGCCAAGUUAUUGUGCUUUUAUGUAUAGGAGGGAAAAAUAAGACAUUAAAAAGCCUAAAAUUGGUAUCCCAGCACAGGCCUUGAACCUCCUUUUGAAACCAGACUCGGGCUUCUGUCCUUGCUUCCUGCCCCUUGUUGUCUGCCUCUCGGUACCAAUUAUAAGAACUAUCAACAAACAAGCUUUUGUUUAAGAAUAAUGUAUGGAAUAUAUAGAUAUAUAUGUAUAUAAAAUAGGUAAAUUAUAUGAUAGGUAAAGAAAGUAUAUGCUACAAGAAAUUGCAGUUGAAAUUUAAUGUAAAACCAUAAAACAAAUGAUUGCCAAAUGAAGGUGAAAACAAGGAGAAAUCUUACCAAUUUCAGCCCUAGGACAGAAUGCCCAGCUGGCCUCUUGCCUUCCAAAGCCCCUUUUUCUCAGUGUUUCCUGCGUCACUCUCCAUAUUGUGUGUUCGUGUGUCUGUGUCUCAGUCCGGUUCCUUCCCUUUUGAACCUGGAACACUAACGAAAGACCUCAUAUAGUUCGCCCUUGUCCCUCUUCUUUAUAUAAGUGAUAAAUACACAUUUGACUCUGGAACAGGAUGCUUUCAAGUACAAACAACACAGAGAAGCACCCAGACUUGGAUGUCUUCGAUAAUUAAAGUAAAAAUGACAGAAAUAAUAGAUGGCAUCUUUUUCUAUGUCACUAAUUUCACUAUAUAAUAUAUAUAUUAAAAAGAUAAAAUCCAUAACGUUCCUACUACGUAUAUACAGUACUAUAUAUGUUUUGGGUCUGUUCUCCAAUUACAAUGUGCUUCCGUCAUGUAUAUUAGAGGAAAACAAGCCAAAUUUACAGUUUCUUCAAAAAUGAGUGCCGCCGUGCAAUAGAAGCCACAAUUUUUUCUUCUCCCUUCUCUUCCAUCAUAUUCCAAAUUAGAUUUUAACUGGUGAUUUGUAUCUUUCUGUAGCUAGGAAUAUAAGGCUAAGGUUUAUAUGAUUACCUUAUUGUAUAUUUUCUUGUACGGAUCAAUAAUAAUUAAUAAAACCAACCACUCAAAGCCACCUAUUGGUUGCCCCGCCUGUUUGUCAUGGCCUCCUGUGGUCACGCAGGAGGGGUUUCAUGUCCUGUUUAAGGAUGUAUUAACUUACCACGGAUUUCCAUUUGUCCAAUAAAGACAAAAAAGGACAAAAAG